AACGAUGUUCCCGGUUGCUGGGCGUACGUUCAUUCGUACCGUGGGCGGUUCAAGGACCAAUGAACUUGAAUUGAUCUGAAUGGAUCCCUGUCUCCGUAUGUGUGCCAGUGAAUGAGGUCUCGACGGUGGAUCCAGUCUCUUUAUCAAUCAAUCAAACACAAUGGAAAUCGCAUAAUGACGUCAAAUUCUCCGAUACGAUUCUGCUGAAUCAUGCGAUUGUCAGGUCGCUGGCCGUACGAAGCCCGCAGUGUUGGUUUAUCCCAUUGAUCAAUUGUGUUAUUGUAAUGGCGUCAAUGUGCCAAAAUAGACCAAUCAAAAAUGGUCUUACUUGAGCGUUUGAUCAUGGUUUGAUUCACGACCUUGUCCGAUAUCGCGCGUGUGUACUAAUGCUCGUACACAAAAAUCUACGUCCCGCGCGACGACGUUUGUGGCGUUUUGUGGAUGGAGGACUUGGAAUAUUUCGUAACAGAAUAUCCGGAAGCUGAAACAAAUGGGUUAUGGAAACAGCAUUUUUUAAGAAGAACUGAUUUUUGUAACAGAAAUGUCACGAUACGUGAUGUCAGGUGAUUCAUCAGAUAAGGAGUUGAUCACUGCGUUACCGUCUGACAUGCGAAGUCAUUCCCUCCACACUGCCGUCCGGUUCAGGUAAUGGAGGCAUACCACUCGGAUGUGGCUAAACUGAUUCUUAUAGUAAGCAUGAAAUGGCAUCCCCCAUUAUGCCAAGCCUAGAUACCACUUCAAUGACUUCGGAGAGUAAGAUCUCUCACCGUCGGACGUGCGGAGGGGGCAUGACGUUUACUAGCGCGCGCCACCCGGGAAACGCUUUCUCUGUCCUGAACGAGUUACGGCAGAAGAAAGACCUGUGCGAUGUGACGCUGGUGGUCGAGACAGUCAAAUUCAACGUCCACAAGGUCGUGCUGGCCUCCUGUAGCCCUUACUUCAAGGCAAUGUUCACGGGAGGAUACAACGAGUGCAGCAAACGUAAGAUUGAGCUCAAGGAUGUCCACCCCUGUGUGUUUUCAUCCAUCAUAGACUUCAUGUAUACCUCAGAGAUCACAAUCAACGAGCACAACGUGCUGAACGUUCUGCCCAAAGCCGUCAUGUAUGAUAUCAAGGAUAUCAUUGAGUGCUGUUGUACGUUUCUCCAAGAGGAGCUGGACCCAAGCAACUGUAUUGGCAUAUCGGCGUACGCCCAGCAGCAUGGGUUGACGACCCUGCAUGCCGCAGCGCGAGAGUUCAUCUGUCGCAAGUUCUGCGAAGUGUCCAAAACGGAGGAAUUCAUGAACCUCACGCUAGUGCAGCUGGUUGCGCUCAUCAAACAUGACAAACUCAACGUCUGGUGCGAAUCUCAGGUCUACAAUGCGUGUCUGCGCUGGGUGCAGCACAGCGAGGGCGAGCGACGGCCUUGCUUUGAGAAACUCCUAGGAUGUGGCGGCAUCCGCUGUGAGCACCUGACGCCGACUUUCUUAAAGAAACAACUAGACAAGUGCGAGAUCCUCAAAGGGGAGCCUCGAUGCAAAGACUUCCUUUCCAAGAUCUUCCAGGAGCUGCGAUUACAUAAAAUCUGCAAGACUCCCAAACGGAAUCCCAUUUCAGCCUGUGUGAUCUACACGGCCGGCGGCUACCUCCGCCAAUCCCUAGUCAACAUGGAAUGCUAUAAUCCUGAAGACGAUGCUUGGCACAAACUGGCCGAUCUCAUCGAGCCCCGCAGCGGACUCAGUGCUGCGACAGUUGCGGGGAUAUUCUACGCGGUCGGUGGUCGGAAUAACACCACCGAAGCCAACACAGACUCUGAUAGGCUGGAUGCCUACAACCCCUUGAAAAAUCAGUGGAAAACAUUGUCAUCCAUGAAUGUGCCGCGGAACAGAGUAGGCACGGCGGUACUGGAUGGACUGCUGUAUGCUGUCGGUGGGUCGCAAGCCUGCACUAAACACAACUCAGCUGAAAGGUACAACCCAGAUGAGGACAAGUGGACCAUGAUAGCUCCUAUGCAUACGAAGCGUAUCGGCGUAGGCUGUGCCGUUGUCAACAGAUUGCUCUACGCAGUGGGCGGCUACGACGGUAAUAACCGGCUAGACAGUGUGGAGUGUUACCAUCCUGAGAACGAUGAGUGGACGAUUGUGGCCCCCAUGAAAGCCCGUCGCAGUGGAGCAGGAGUGUGUAGCAUCCAAAACUACAUCUACGCAGUGGGUGGCUACGACGGCACGAGUCAGCUCAACAGCGUGGAACGCUACGACGCGGAGAAGAACAAGUGGGAAUUUGUCGCGGCGAUGAACUCCAGACGAAGCGCCCUCAGCGUGGAUGUGGUGGGCGGCAAAGUCUACGCAUUAGGUGGCUACGACGGUCAAGACUUCCUAUCAUCCGUGGAAUGCUACGACCCGGACACCAACCAGUGGUCAUUGGUCACCAACAUGAGCAGCGGCCGUAGCGGGGCCGGAGUGGCCGUAGGAAUGGAGCCGUGCUCCACCUGCGGUAACAAUAACCCCUGCCGAUCUCUGACCACUGCCAGCUGAGCCACACCCUGUAACCUGUAACCCCCAUGAGUGACAACCACUUGCAACUGGAGACUGUUGUUGUGUUCAGAGCUGCGCCACAGUUUCUGUUCCCCCUGUUCGAAUCCCACCUGUACAUAAACAUGGAGUUUGUUUCCUAUUUCUGUGAGUUCAUCCUCUGAAAAGACAGUUAUAAUCUCCUGCCUGCAUUGCAAAUUGAAUGUUAAACUGUUCACACCUGUACUAC